CUCAGCACCAUGGAGAGCAACCCUGCCAACCGUACACACGCCACGAACGACGUCGUCUGAUAAAAGAAGCCGCGACCCGGAAGUGUAGGUCAUGCUCUUUGUGGCAUAAUAUUCGGAACCCCGAUUUUCUAUCGUGUUGCUGCGGCACACCGUAAAGAGGGGUCGCAAAGGGGCGGGUGGUAGUUUUGGAUGCGGGCUUUCCCACACGCGCGUAUCCAUCUUCGAGCCACCGCAUUCCCAGAGUUGUCUCCCAAGUCCUUCCGGGCGUCUUGAGCUUUUUUUCUUCUCUCGCUUACCUCAAAUUGUAGCUGCUGUCAGUCAAGAUGGGUGUGCAUUAACGAGGUACUCCACGCCCCGUCAUCAUCGUCAAUCGCCGAUCGGCAUCAUGUCCCCUCCAGCGUCGGCUGCGACUGCCAGCGAAAGCAACACCGCCACCACCACUACUACCACCGUCGUGUUUGAAGAAGACACCAGGGAGGAGCAAAAACCCCUCAAGCAAUCUCUGAGCAAGUCACUGUGUCGCGAGAGUUUCUGGAAAUGCCUUCUCUUGUCCGUUCUCAUGUACAGUUGCAUGGGAGCCAUGGUUUGGUGUCACGUGACCGAGGUGACCCGCCUCACCUUUGACAGUGCUUUCAAAGGCAAAUCCAUGAUGUACCACGACAGUCCCUGCUCGGAUGGUUACAUUUACAUUCCUCUGGCCCUCCUGGCCAUGCUCUACUUGGUCUACCUGGUGGAAUGCUGGCACUGUCACGUGCAGAACGAGCUGCAGCACAAAGUCGACGUGGAUGGCAUUUACGAGCGAAUCCACAGAAUGCAGCAAGCCAAACCUUGCAUCUGGUGGAAGGCCAUCAGCUACCACUAUGUGCGUCGCACCAGGCAAGUCACACGCUACCGGAACGGGGACGCGUACACCAGUACCCAGGUUUACCACGAGCGAGUCAACACUCACGUGGCGGAAGCGGAAUUUGACUACGGUCACUGCGGAGUGAAAGAUGUCUCCAAGCAGUUGCUAAGCCUGGAGAAGUCCGCCCUCACAAAGAUGCGUUUUACCAAGUGCUUCAGCUUCGCCAAUGUUGAAUCGGAGAAUUCGUACCUGACACAGCGAGCGAGGUUUUUCACCGACAACGAAGGUCUCGAUGACUACAUGGAGGCCCGGGAGGGCAUGCACCUGAAAAACGUUGAGCUGAAGGAAUAUAUCAUGGCUCUGUCUCACCCAGAGCACCACCCUUGGUAUCUGUCCCAUUAUGUCUUCUGGUUGGCCUCAUUCCUCACCUUCUCAUGGCCUCUCCGGGUUUUCACAGAAUAUCGAACCGCGUACGUUCACUAUCGUGUCGAGAAACUCUUCGGACAUGAUUACAUUCCGGUUACGCCGUGUGAGGAUCGUCCGUAUUGGCGACGUAUCCCUCGUGUAAACACUAUCGACAGCACCGAAUUGGAGUGGCACAUUCGGUCCAACCAGCAGUUGGUGCCCAGUUACUCAGAGGCAGGCCUCAUGGAUCUAGCCCAGUGCCCUUCCAGCUUUAGUGGCAUGCGUCAGAAUUGUGAGCGCUGCCACAGGGCCAUCAGCUGCUCUUCAGUGUUCUCCAGAAGCGCCCUCAGCAUCUGCACGGGAGCCAGCUCCCGAAUCCCCUUCAGCGGCAGCCGAUUCUCCUUGGCGCGACGCUACGGAUCACAAAGAAGCUGCUUUUGGAGGAGCGGGAGCUUGGACGAACAGGAAAGUCCCAGCGAAAACACCCGCUGUCUGUCGGAGCGCCUCACCAACGACGACGAAGAACCACCGGAUUACGACGACGCACUGUGCUACCCGCUGCUCAUCGUCCACUGCAGCGAGAACUGCCACAACCACAGGUCCUUCCACAGAAACGGCUCUUGUGUGGAGACUUCGUUAUGACCGCAUGAACAAAAAAACAAAAAACAAAUUGAGAAUAUCUGUAGCAUACAAACACUUGGCUGCAUGAGUGAUACACAAAUGCCUAAAUCCUGAAUGUGUGAAUUAGCAAAGCAAUAAGAGCGAUUCGUGAUAUGUGAAACUUACACACAUACAAAGACUGUUAACACUGCACAUCAUUGCCAUAGCUUUGAAAAUCUCGAUAUAUAAAAGUGGCAUUGCAGUUACCUCAUGCAAAAAAACAAAAAGAAAAAAAUGGACAUGUCUAAAAGUUGAAAUAUGUGCAUCAUCGGCGACUAGUUACUUGGCAAGUUUGAUGAAAUUUUUAGCUCACGGUUCACCUACUUCGAACUACAGCAAUAAAUGCAAAACCCAAGUAGAAUCAUCCCAAGUGGAAUUAAAAUAAAGAAUGUUAGUUGCACUAAUUCAUAUAAAAGGAAGCAGAUCGAAACACGAAUCUAUUCCACACGAUACGUGCUUACUGUUAUUAUUAGUUUACAUUCAUAAUCUGUCCAUCUAUUCAUUUUCAAUAGGGCAUGUCCUCGUGAGAUGCAGGAAAACACCCCUGACUGAUUGCCAGCGAAUCACUGGGCACAAAUAGACAAAAAAGCCUUUCACUCUCUCAUUUGCACCUACGGACAAUAUAGAGUUGACCUCAAAAGAAUGUUUUGGAUAUUUGGAAGGAAGCCGGAGUACAGGGGGAACAUGUAUCUCUCUCAGUUUGACCUUUAUAUCGGAAAUUCAUUUGAAUUGUUUUCCCCGCAUAAUUGCUUGUAGAAGAAUCAUCAAUUAGUGGGCAGUUUAUAUUUUGCAAACUUUGAGUAUGGUAUACAAAGUACAUGUAUGCACGUACAGUGAUCUUGAUUUUUGAAGGUGAUUUUGAUCAUGUUGGUUGAAAGAUAUUCUCUUAAAGCAUACUUUUUUUUUUUUACUACCAACUGUCACGAUCUGAAAAUGACCUGUCAACUGUAAUAUCACCUGCAUGAAUCUUGCAGACAGAGGUUUACAUUUUACAUGAUGAGGAGGUUACAAACGUCGCGACUGGAUCUUUCAAACACUGACACUCGGUCUGUAUUUAUCAGCAAAAAAAUCAUCAUCAGGGCACCAGAUUCAUGACCGCGAUUGCAUAAUUAUGUCCUAACACAGUGUAUUUCACAAACAUUGCUGAAUGUCAGCCACCAGCGUACAUUACGUAGCACGUGUCACUUAUGUAGCUAUUGGAAAAGGAGUUCACGCAUCAUACCACAUCUCCACUCUACGUUUAUCCAGCUCUUUCAAAUGCAAUUGACUUCAAUUAAUGCAAAUAUGUUAGUGCACAUAUGUUUAGACACUUGGUACACCAUUUUAUAAUCUAGAUUUUUUUGUAUAACAUAACUGUUGAACAUAGUCAAUAUUUUCAGUGUAGUCAAACCAGUAUUAUGCACUUGAAAUUACAAAAGGCUAUGACUUGUACUGAUGCUGAAUGUUGAUGUAUGUUGGAAAUACAGUAAUGUCGUAUUCAAGAUGUAUAGCAGUGCCCCCCCCCCCCCCCCAUAUACCAGGUCUUGUGUGGUAUAUUUGUUAUAUCAAGGUUGUACCGGAGCAUACACCGUACAUCCUGACCGGGAAUACGUCAGCACCCACCUACCUGCACCCUGCUGUAGACGAAUGGUUGCCAGUAAGAGAAAAAAUGCUCCCUGGUGGAAAAACGGUUUAGGACCACUGCUGUA